AGGCACGCAUCUAAACUCAGUCCUGCUGAGCAUCUUCUCCAUUCAUCAGGAGUCUUUCCACGGGUUUUAUUUCUUGCGUUUUUCCAGAUGAUCUCUUUCCUCUUCUUCUCAAGAGAUAUUACAGGAUCGUGGUGUUCUCUGAUCGGUGUGGAGCGAUCAAGACUCGUGAGGUUUAAUACUCGCCCUCUAGAGAAGAGUGAAGCUCAUCAGGUCAGACUGAAGGUCGAUGAUUUUAGCUUGACUUAAAAGUGUAGGAAGAAAUUUCAGCGUUUUCAUAAAAACCUAAGAUUGGGGAAAUGUGUGAUUAUGUGACAGUCCUAAGAAAACGAGAGAAGAAAUCGGUUUAGGGUGGUUUUACUGGUUAAAAGGGCUAUUUAGUAAUGGUUGCUAUAUUAUAUUUGUGGUGGGAUUCUGUGACGGUUUCUCUUUUCCAAACAAACUUUCCACUUUUCUGAGUCGACGAUCUUCCACAAGGGGGCGUUUUAUCCUGGCGCUCUUCAAGAGCCGGACGAGAAACUAGAGGAGCAGAACUUGUCGAGAUGAUCAGACUGGAGCUCUCUCUCAUCAGCAGCACAUAGUUUGAUCCCCAGAUCCGUCGCGAUGCUGCUGCGCGCUUUAUUCGCUCUGAUCGUGUUCGCCGGCUCCGUUCAGGCGGAUAAACGCGCGGCGGAGAUGAAAACGAGUCUGAUGCAGUCUCCACCAUCCUCAUCCUCAUCCUCAUCCUCCUCAGCGCUGGAGAUAGGACGUGAUGAUGGAGACGCGGACGCGCGCGCGCCGAGACUUCCGCGCGGCUCCAAGCACAAGCAGCAGCAGCAGCGCGAGCGGAACGCGCCCCGGACCCCGCGCCCGCGCCCCGACCCCGACGCGUUCUUCACCACGCCGCGCACGUUCAACGGCUCGCUGCGCGUCCACAACCCGCUGUUCCCGCUCACGGAGGAGUCGUACAGCGCGUACGCCGUCAUGCUGCUCGCGCUCGUCGUGUUCUCCGUGGGCAUUGUGGGUAACCUGGCGCUCAUGUGUAUCGUGUGGCACAACUAUUACCUGAAGAACACCUGGAACUGCGCGCUGGCCAGUCUGGCGUUCUGGGACUUCAUGGUCCUGUUCUUCUGCCUGCCGGUGGUCAUCUUCAACGAGCUGACCAAGAGGAGACUGAUGGGAGAUCUGUCCUGCAGGAUAGUGCCCUACGUGGAGGUGACGUCUCUCGGCGUGACCACCUUCACUCUGUGUGCGCUCAGCAUCGACCGCUUCCACUCGGUGACCAGCGUCCAGCCUCGGCCGCGGCAGGUGGAGUCCUGUCAGUCCAUCCUGGCCAAGCUGUCGGUGAUCUGGGUGGGGUCCCUGGUCCUGGCGGCCCCGGAGCUGCUGAUGUGGCGUCUGGAGCAGGAGGUGUCCCCGCGGACGGGUCUCCCGCUGGACUCGUGCGGUCAGCAGCCGUCCGUGACGCUGCCCGAGACGCUCUACUCGCUGGUCCUGACCUACCAGCAGGCCAGGAUGUGGUGGACCUUCGGAUGCUUCUUUUGCUUGCCGCUGCUGUUCACCGGCGCGUGUCAGCUGCUCACGCGGCACGUGGCGGACGAAAACGCCAAGAGCGUCCGUCCAUCAUCUUCGUCGUCUUCAGCGUCUUCCGCGUCUUCGUCACCGAAGAAGAAGCAGCGGCGAGAGCGUCAGCUGACCCGCACCGUGGUGGCGCUGGCGUCCGUUUACGCCCUUUGCAGUUUGCCGGAAAACGUCUGGAACUUCGUUCUGGCUUACGCGGGCAUAGAGGUGGGCGUGGCCACACGGGCUCUCCUCGCUCUGAUUGGCCAGUUCCUGUUGUUCGUGCGGGCGGGAGCGACGCCCAUCCUGUUGCUUUGCAUCUGUCGGUCUCUCGGCCAGGCGUUCAUGGACUGCUGCUGCUGCUGCUGCGACGAGUGUCUUCCGGAUCCUUCGUCGUCAACGACGUCUUCGUCUUCAUCCACUAACGCCACGGCUGUCUCCUCGUCCCUGUCCUCGCCCGUCUCCGUCCAGGAGGAGAAGCUGAAGAUUGUGUCCGGAACAUCGCCCGCGGUGUUCUUCGAUAAAGUGAAGGACGGUCCAACUGAGCUGAUCAUCGGAACACCGUGUUGAUCUGGAAACUGUGAAGGAAACAUCAUCCAUCGCUAACACUCUUAAAGGGACAGUUCACACAAAAAUCAUCAUUCUGUUGCCUUUUAAAUGUUCCAAACUUGUUUUACUUUUUUAAAAAGUGUUAAUAAAUUAUUGCGAUACUUUAUUGAAUUUAAAAUAUUCUAAAAUACAAAUAUAAGCGACAGUAUUAUCGUGCCAGCACUCACUGCUGGAUGAGGAGAGUUAAACGCAGAAAUGCAAAUCUUCGACUACGUCCAAUCACAAUCUUGUUUUCUCUUGAUUUAAAAUCUUCGAUUAGUUGCUGUAUUUUAGUCUGUAAGUGUGUUUUGUUUUUAGAUUCAUCCCUUCUACACUACAGAAAUACAAAUUGUGAACUUUAUUGUAUUUCUUUGGAAUUAAUAACUAAUAAUUGAUCUGUAAACAUUGUACUGCUGGAAGGACAGUUGCGGCAAACUUGAAAACAUUGUAUUUUUAUGCACGUAACUGAUUUCUGUCUUUACAUUGUCAGUGUUUAAAAAUGAAAGUAUUGGAAAAGCAGAAAUCAUCUUCUCGGAUCCACCUUUAUAUGAUAAAGUUUUGUGUUUUAUUGAGUCUGUCUCUCAAAUAUCAAAGAUUUUCUGCUGGAAUUAAACGACUUGGUUUACAAACUCUCGGCAGAGACGAACGACUCGACGAACUCUGAGAAGAUACUGAAGAAACUUUGCAACUUUAACACGUUAGAUAGCAUUGAUUACAUUAGCAAAGUGAACCUAUAUAGCUGUAUAGCCGAACAGAUUCUUAGCAUGAGAUCUUUUGUAUUUCUUCUUUUGUACUUUGUUGCAGCCAAUAAAAGUUUUAAAGAGUU